AUGCCUCCGAUAUCCUCUCAGCGUCGAACUGUGACCGAAGAGGGCUCAUCUCUUUCAGAUGAAGAUGUCGGCUUCCUCUUCCAGGUUAUCUCCGGCGCCGAGCACAAGCCCGAAGUCAAUCGACUCCCAUUCCGGGCGCUCUUCGAGUCAUAUGAUGAAGCCAUUGGGGAACAUGGCGUCAACGUGGACCCGGGCCAUGCGUGCUUGCGCUUCUUGUUCAAGAUGGGAAGCAAAGGCGUGCACGGCGAGACACUCUACGACAAGUUCGAGAACGCGCUCCAGCAAAUGGGGAUCAUGAUUGAAUUCGGUGACGAGGGAUCGACAAAUAUCAAUGAGACGCAAAACUCUGGUCAAUAUACAGUGGAGGUUACGCACAGCCAGUCUGUUGAUUACAACAACGACCAUCAACAUGAACAUGAACAUUCACACAUUCCGAAUGGUGUGCCACCGACUCCAAGACGGCGCGCAUCCUUCAACACUACAUAUGAUAUUGGCGAGGACGCUACACAGAGAAGCUUCAUCAACCGUCCCAGCUCUCGCUCCUCAAUGUCUCGACUCGAGAUUGGUAAACCCAAGUUCUCUGAGCAUAAAUUGUCACCUACCCAUAAGAAAGAUACAGGACCUCUGAAGUCCCCGGAUCGUACUCAAUUGAUCAGUCAGUUUUUGGACGUGGGCCGCCGGCUUCUGAGCAGAUUUGAUGGUGUGGAAAACAAACAUGAAACGGAAGAGUCCCCUCCAUUGACAAAUGGAGUUAUCGCAAGGUCAGCUGUUUCCCGUGAUCGCUCGAAGAGAGCAGCAGAAGCCUCGCGUUCCCAUCGAUCCCCAUCUCUUGAAUCCUCGGACAGUUCGCAGUCCCAAGAAGUGGAGUCGAUCAUGUCGCAAGGCCCCGAGAAUGAUUCAUUUGAGAAAGAAGAAGUGCCCCCUGAGUUCCUUUACCGUCCCCAGCUUUCAGAUCUCCUUCGGGAUGCAUCGACCUUCAACAUGUACAGACAACGGUCGAUCUGCCGUCGCAUUCUGACACUUUGGCUGAAAAAGGCCUUCCAAGCCCGACAAACUCGCGAGACGAGGGAAAACUUGGCGACUAGCUAUGACCGCAGUCUGCUUCUCAGACAGGCUUUUGAUCCUUGGUUGGGAGUCAUUCAAGAGAAGCGCCAUUCGGCUCGCACAGAUCGUUUCUUCAAGCAUCUUGAGACGCGUGCCAACCGUGCACGUGAGCUAUAUCUGAUGACCAAAGCUUUCAGUCAUUGGGCUCAGCUUACAUCGGAAGAGGUAGCUCGCACGUCCGCUGCUCGAAAACACGUUCUAAGUGUAAAAUACUUCAAAGCCUGGCGUGAGAUCACCGCUGUCAAUGAACUGAAGGCUCAGCGUUUCGCGUUGAAGAGGCCAUUCCAAGCGUGGCGAAAAAAGGUUCAAGACUUGAGGGAUGCAGAGAAUCAGGCAGUUGCCGUACGCAACUCAAAAGUUCAAAAGUCAUCAUUUUGGCACUGGUGGUGGUGUUUCUGUGAUCGCCGCGUUCUUGAAGUUUCCGACUACAGACUGAAAAGACGUUCGCUUCUGUCCUGGCUUCGAAAUUUCCGAAACAUCCGCGAGCGUGAUCAUGAAAUAGAUCUCCACAACAAGCGAUCAUCUCUUAUUUCGGUUCUACAAACAUGGUCUCAACACUCGCGCGACAUUGCCAUGGCUGAGCAUGAUGUUCAGAGAUCCCGACGUCAGCACGAUCUCAAAGAAACCUUUGUUGAAUGGAGAAUACAGGCCCGGCUGGCUCCGGCUGCUUCUCAGGUUUCUCUGAUGGUCGACUCUAGAAUUUUACGCUCUGCUCUCUCACAGUGGGUUGGCAAGGCCCGCAUGAUACAGCAGGCCGAAGACGUGGAUCGUUAUCGCAUUCAACGUAAUUCAUGGAUUUCGUGGAACGAUACUCUUCGCUGUUUGGCGCUCCGCGCUCGAAUUGACGAGCGUCUGAAGAUGGAAGCCAUGUACAAAUGGAUCCUAAUGGAACGAUAUGAAUUGAUGCGAAGAAUCCGAGAGCAGCGCAUCAAACGAGAAGUUUUUUCUCGAUUUGUGACGAACACUCGAGAUACUUACACUCGUUUACUCUUCCACGCGGAAGCUUAUGAGGAGAAACAGGCAGAGUCUCUGGUUCAAUCUAAGUUUGCGAUUUGGCGUGACCAAGUGCAGCUUCAGCGUGAGCGAGAGUACAUUGCGUCGGAGUUCUAUGCUCCACGCUUGGCAGCUGAGUCACUUGGUAUCUGGCGGGAAAGACAUCAGCAAGUGAUCAAAAUGGAGGGUUGGGCCCAAGAUGCGCGGUUCUAUUUCUUAAUGAAGAAGUCGAUGAAGCAAUGGCGCAAAGCCAAGUCCGAUUCUGGUAAGAGGCGACGCCAAGAAGCGUAUGCCAAAGUGCGACGAAUGGUGAAAAUCAACCUUGCAUCGAAGGCUUUGUUUGCUUGGGCAUCGAAAACCCAGGUCAUCGUGGAUAUGGAGCAACAAGCUGCCGAUGUUGAUCGGGACAAAUUGCUGGUUGAUACGUCCGAUAUCUUUGCUCAAUGGCAUGAGAAGACGAACAAGAGGAUCCAGGAGGUGCAGGAUGCUGACGAUUCAUACUUCCGACAAGUUGCAUUUGACCAGCUCAUGCAAAUGUCCGAGACCUUCGUUAUCCGCCGUGAGAUGGAAGACCAAGCAGACAAUGUACAUCGCCUUCACGUUCUGCGCGGAGCAUCUGGUGCCCUUCGCAAGCUCAGCCUCCGCAUUUUCCAGGUCAGCAAUCAUGCCGAAACGGCCGAAGCCAUGCGUGAGAGGAACCUACGAAAACACUCAAGGAACAUGUUCCGCGACUGGGUUGACAGUGCCCGUAUGAAGCUUGAAGCCCGUGACACCGCCGGUCCAUCCAUGACACCAGGACCGAUGUCAACGUAUGGAAACGUGGAUGGUGCCGGGUCUGCGCUCUUCGACCCAUGGUCCCAAGACCCCGCGGAAACUCCCUUCAAGCUCAGCGACAUCACAUCAACCUCUCAAGCCACCUCUCAUGACCCGAUCUCUGCAAGCCCAUUGGCGACCCCGAACUUCACUACCUCUCCAUCCAAACGAGCAGCCCGAGCGCGAGCCCUCGCUCAACUCUCUACCACCCCCGCCACCCCCAUGCGCACACCCUUCGCAAGCCGCCUGCUCCGCGCCGGGACCACAACUGCUCUCACUACAUCUUCCAAGCGGCCACGCACGGGCCGGCGAAGCUCGGUCGGUACUAGCGUUCGGUUCGUGGACGAAGAACCGCCUGAAUCUCCGACUGAUGGUCGUAGGUCGGCGAACCGACGUCCUUGA